GGAGGGGGGGGACGCGCUGUUUGACAUUACGGAAGUUUCGAAGUGUCAAACGGAACGCAUGUGCAUGCAGAGAGAUCGACCAAAGGAUUUAAUUGGUUCUGGUUGAUUUCUGCAUGCAUGUCUUUGUUAUGGACGGAAUAUUAUCUUCUUCUUCUUAUCUGUGUGGCUGAUUAGGCUUCGCAAGCGAAUAUACUUAUACGCCAGUUGGUGAACGGAAUAUUAUCAUAAUUCUGUGCAUGAAAGGAAUGCAAUAACGAUGUCUGUCGAACCAAUAUUAGGAAGAUGUCUUUUAAUGUGUCCGGAAAAAGAACGAUGGAUGAGAGAGAGAGAAGGUUUGUUACACAAAUUUGAGAUUGAUAUGAAAACAGAACACAUGAGAAGGCGUAAGGCUGAUCCUGCCAAAAUUAUAAAAUGUUUUAGUCGCUCUGCUGCUGGUCAAAAUAUGACGGAUCCAUACUCGUUACGCCCGCCACAUGUAUUAUUAUCCACUAUCCGAUACUUAUUCAUCGAGAUAAUCACACGAACGGAUUUAGACUGGGCGUUAAUAUACGAUUUUGUAUUCGACCGAUUGAGAUCAGUGCGACAAGAUGCUGUAAUCCAAAGAAUCGAUAUUAAUAUAAACAUUGACAUUUUAAAACCAAUCGUCCGAUUCCAUACUUAUGCUGCGCAGAGACUCUGCGAAAAAAAGGUUUCGGAAUUCGAUGCAAAAAUAAAUAAUAAACAUUUAUUAGAAUGUAUCAAACAGUUACUCGUAUUAUACGAUAAACGAGAUUAUAAAAAUAGAAAUUUCUUAGAACUACACGAAGAAUUCGAAAAAUUAGCGUAUAUCGAUAGUAGGGUGGAGAUGGAAGCUUUAUAUAUUCUUCUCCAUAUCGGAAAUGAAGAGGUUUUAAAAAGAGCUCUUAUACUUUCUUCAGAUCUGAAAAAUUCACCGGCAAUUCAAUUAGCCACAAAAAUAUCACUUGCUUGGUAUCUAAGAAAUUAUGUUCGUGUUUGUUAUCUGGUUCAACAAUUACCUCCAAUAUUGGCUUGUGCAUUUUUUUGUAACUUACAGAGUUUCAGAAGAAGUGUUCUACAAAUUAUGAGUUUUGGCUAUAAUAGCAAAGUGCUGACAUUUCCAGGACUAAAACUACAAAAACUUUUGUUCUAUAAAGAUAUAAGUAGAGUCCAGGCAGAUUGCAAUUUAUUUGGUUUGACAUUUACUAAUGAAAAUGUUUUAUUUCAAAAAUCACAGUUUAACGAGCAAGUUUUGCAAGUUAGUACAAAAUUCAGAGAUUAUGUAAUAUUUUUUAUAUUUUUCGUAUUAUCAUUCCUUUUUAUGUUACAGGCCAAUCCCGAGAUGUAUUACACUUCUGCCACGUUACAUAAAUUUCUACCAAAAAUUCUGUUGGAAUGUACCUCUAAUCAGUAAUAAAUGUUGAUAUACUCUUCUAA